AUGGCAGCCCAAUCGGAUACACUCGACAUGUCCCUAUACUUUGGGGAUAUGGAACAGAGACUGCGAUUCUGCACAACACUCCUUGACCAGCUUAAGAAGCGUGGCUGUGUAAAGAUUCAGAACCAUGGGAUCCCGAACGAAGACAUACAGAGGUUGUUCGAAUUGACUCGCCAAUUCUUCAAUCUAUCCUACGAGGACAAAAUGAAGGCAAAGCGUCCAGCCCAAGCUAACCCAAACAGGGGCUACAGCUUCGUCGGUCAAGAGAACGUGGCAGGUAUCAGCGGCUUCGAGAAGGGACUGGGUCCGUUGACUACAAAGGAUAUCAAGGAAACCCUGGACAUGGGUUCCGCGAACGACAAGUUGGUCGAUAACAUCUGGGUUCCGGAGGACAUCCUUCCUGGCUUUCGCAAUUCUAUGGAGUCUUUCUACGACAAGGCAUUCGAGACAGAGAUGCACCUCAUAGAUGCUCUCGCUACCGCUCUAGGAAUCUCCGCAACACACCUCAAAUCCUUGCACUCGAAAGCGGAAAACGAGUUCAGGCUUCUACAUUACCCUCCUACUCCAGCCUCGAAACUAAAAGAUGGAAAGUCAACUCGUAUCGCCGAACACACAGACUUCGGUACCAUCACCAUGCUGUUCCAGGACUCUACAGGUGGUCUACAAGUCGAAGAUCAGACACAACUUGGGACAUUCCGAGAUAUUGAGUCCUCGGGCCCGACAGACAUCAUCUUGAACGUUGGAGACUCGUUGCAGAGACUAACAAACGAUACCUUCAAGGCAGCUUGUCACAGAGUCACAUAUCCACCAACGAUCAAAGCUGACGGCGAUGAGAUUAUCCCAGAACGUUACUCCAUCGCAUACUUCGCCAAGCCGAAUCGUGACGCAUCUUUGCUUCCUCUGGAAGACUUUGUCACUGAUGCAACGCCUUGUCUUUAUCAGGACAUCACAGCAUGGGAGUGGAACAACAUGAGGAUCGAAAAUUUGUUUGCUGGAACGACGGCGUGA